AUGGAAUCCAAAAGUUAUAAAUGGCUUCUGACUCAAUUAGUCAACCGAAAACUACCUCUUAAGAUCCUUGAGGCUGGGAUAUGCCGAGGAGAUAAGCUAACUGACUGAUUCUGCACAGAUACAAAUGGAAUCGUUACAAAAAAAUCCACAAAAGUAAUAAACCGCACCAAAUAUCUCCUGAUCCACUUUUUAAACGCUUGCGUACCUAUGCUAGAGCAAUAUAUUCCAGAUAAAGUCAUCUGCUAUUUAUAUCACACAGACGGAAAACGUAUAAUUCUUGCAAAAGAAGUUAUUGAGUUGGCCGAAAAUCAACUUCAUGGGCUGCAAGUAAGAAGCAUUCAUAUAUACAUAAAAUGGCUGGAGAUGAACAGCCUGCCCUCUCAGUGGCGGGCCCUUAUGUGGUUUUUGGGAUUCAGUUAUGUCUAGCGAUAUUCAGAAACCUCAAAUUGAGACACUUGAGACUCUUUUACAGGAAUUGAGAGCCUAAGCUUAGUGCACUUACUUCAUCUCUUUUUCAACAGCAUCUAGCCAUUGGGAACCCAUUAUUAAGGCGACUUAUAUACUCAAACCGCUUGGCUAUUUCCCCUAAAUAGUGAAACUGUUGAGUUUUUUUCUUUGGGAAUCAAGGAAAAGUGGGAGGCAAAUUAGACAGUUGGCUGGCAAUAGCAAGGGAGCUUUCAGUAGAAAGUGGCCCUCAUUGUUGGCGUCAAAUAGGUAACGUCUUGAGGAGGAAAAGGUGAUGGCCAGCAAUGUCCUUUAUUGAAUACAAUCUUUUUAGAUUUUAAUAUAUUUAUAUGAAGAAUUAACUCAAAAAAGUCGAUUCAGCUGAAAACCGUUUAAAUAGCAUUCUACUUGCGCUUUUUCCAUUUAAUAAUAAUAAACUAAUUUUUAUAAAAAUUAGUAUAAAAUUAACAAUUGGAAAAAUUGUUCUAGAUACCCAAAAAGUGAAAAUUUUACUUUUUUUCAAUUAAAGGAGGGGAGUAAGAAGCAUUCAUAUGGCUUUGGUAACUGCUAAAUCUACUGAUAAAAUUUAUAAAAUCAAAGCUUGAAACGAACAAGGAGAACUCCAUACAGAACUUUUAUAUGGAAAAUUCAUUAGAGAAGAUGGAGAAGUCGCUCGUGAUGUAAUAAUUUCUGAAAAAGCUAUGUGGCUUACCAUGUAUAUUGCAGAGACUGUCUAUCAUACUUAUUGCCAGUUUAUUGAGUCAUUGAAGUAUGAGAUGGUUGUGGACCAAUCUUCCCAAUUGUAUUUAUUAAAUAUAACCGAAUUAGCUUUUCACCAGACCACAAGUCCAAGCCUAAAUAAUGACUUUAGACUAAGGAAAAAAUCGUUUCAUAGAGCAAUGCCUGAAGAAGAGGAAAGCUCUGAAGAUUUGACGGAUGAAGAAGUUCACAAAGAUGAAUUAGAGUCGAGAAAAACCCCUUUGAUUGCGUAUGUGCUCAAAGAUUUUACCAAAAAAGCGAGGGUUGACCAAAAUAGGUUUAAGAUUUCUCUAGAGCGAGAGCCAAAACGAAACAGUCCAACUUUUUUAAGUAUGGUGGCUAACACAAUUGACAAAGAAAGAAGAAGAGAAAUUAACGCAAAAAUGUUUGCGAAAAGCAGACUCGAAGUAGUUAAGCAGCGAUCCUUAAGCAAAAGGAGAAUUUUUCAUUUGAACUCACUAAAAUCACAAAGUAAAUUAUCUUCAGAAUCACAAAAUAUUACAAAUUUAAAGGAUUUGCUAUUUUACCUUGAAAAAACUCGACCAAAAAAUUGGAUUAAAGACCAGCCGAAAGAAUUAAUUUUAUCACCCGGAUUAGAUAAAAGAGGAUACAGGACAGAAAGAAACUCCACAAAUGUAAGUGACUUUAGUCCUCCGCCAACAGUUUCAAGGCACAGAAAAACUCAAUCAUCAUGUAGCAUAUUAAAAACCGGCGAAGCUUUGAAGCUCUGACUAAAUCAAGAAGCAUGCCGCCUAGAAGCCAAACAUUCCAGGCAUUCUUCAUCCUGCAAAUAA